UAAAGUGGGUCAUCCACAUCAAACCAGUGAAUCCCGCAGAACGUAAUUUCUUUUCCUCUAACCCAAAAAGUUCGGAACGGCAACAGAGAUUCUUUGAUGGUACGUUGGUCUUAACAACAACAGAUAUUCUUUGUCCACCAUUUUCAAUGUCAUCGUUGACGUUGUUUGAUGAGAAGCCUGUACAAACGACGGAAGUGGGAGCCCGCAUCUUGAAGCAUUGAUCCAGGAAGAAAAUCGUCGUGGAAAAUCAAUUCUUGCAAUCACGUACGUCAAGAUUCUGUCUUUCUGAGUUCCUCCAAGAAUGGAGGUGGAAGCGCUGGUGAAAAAGGAAAAUCCCGGUAGCAAAAGCGGGUUUACGAGAUGGGACGCAUUUGCCCUGGAGCUGAGCCGUGUGAAUUGGAUUGCUUUGCCGAUGAUAGUGGCAACGGUGUCCCAGUACCUGCUGCGGGUUUCGCCCAUGUUUAUGUUGGGCCAUUUGAAUGAACUCUCUUUGUCAAGUGCCUCCAUCGCCACCUCUCUUUGCAAUGUUACGGGAUUCAGUGUACUGUUUGGAAUGGCUAGUGCUUUGGAAACGCUAUGCGGGCAGGCAUAUGGAGCAGAGCAAUACAAAAAAGUCGGAACUUACAGUAUUGGGGCCAUUUUUUGUCUCUUCGUGGUAUGCAUACCGUUGUCUCUUCUGUUUAUGUUGACAGAGAAGCUGUUAGUAUUAAUGGGCCAAGAUCCUUUAAUAGCAGCUGAAGCAGGGAAAUUUGCGAUUCUGCUCAUCCCCACGCUGUUCCCCUACGCCAUUCUCCAGUGUCUUGUUCGUUAUUUGCAGUGUCAGAGUUUGAUCCUUCCCAUGGUUUGGAGUUCAUUGGUGUCUCUGGGCUUCCAGUUAUUCCUCUGUUGGGCUUUCAUAUUCAAGUUUGAACUUGGAAAUGCUGGAGCAGCACUCUCCAUAGGAGUAGCGUAUUGGUUUAACGUCAUUUUGCUUCUGCUCUAUGUUAAGUAUUCUCCUGCCUGUGACAGAACCCAUGCUUCAUUUUCAAUGGAGACUCUGAGGGAGUUCUUUCAGCUUGCUAUACCGUCUUCUGCAAUGGUCUGUCUGGAGUGGUGGUCGUUCGAGCUGAUACUAUUGCUGUCUGGAGUGUUGCCAAAUCCACAAUUAGAGACAUCGGUUUUCUCUAUAUGCUUUACGAUUUCUUAUUUGCAUGGUCUGAUACCGUAUUCUUUUGGUGCUGCUGCAAGCACUCUGAUCUCCAACGAGCUGGGAGCAGGGAAACCAGAAGCAGCCCAGGUUACUCUCUACACUGUUCUCGCUCUGUCAAUUGCAGAGUUCCUGGUAGCCAGCUUUGGUCUCGUUAUUUGCAGUCCUAUAUUGGGAUAUGCAUUUAGCGAGGAAAAAGAAGUUGUCGAUUAUGUCAAGAAAAUGGCUCCUUUCCUCAGUGUCUUGCUUACCAUGGAUGGCUUACAGGAAGUAUUUUCAGGGGUAGCCAGAGGUAGUGGGUGGCAGUAUAUAGGAGCUUACGUGAAUCUUGGAGCAUAUUAUCUGGUGGGAGUGCCGGUGGCCUUAUUGAUGGCGUUUGUUGCAGACCUGAAAGGAGCAGGCCUUUGGUGUGGACUUAUAGUGGGAGCAACAGUACAAUCUAUCGCGCUUUCAUUCAUAACAGGUUUCACAAACUGGGAAAAACAGGCAAUGGUGGCACGACAGAGGAUCUAUUCUGGGCAAAUUCCCAACUAAAACGAGUCCAUUGGGUAGCCUGUGAAUUGGUAGAGACGUGUGAAUAGACAUGGUGCAAGAAAGGACUGUGCCUUCAAUGGGAAUGAGACGUUUGCAGUACAUAGGCACUGAAACCGGCCAGUGGGGGGUGGGUGCCGGUGGUAGUGGCGGGGGCCGCGGCAGGGAAAGUUAUGAAAGUAAACUUGUUUUGUUGAUUGUAUCAUGGAGUUGAGCUUGUACAGCGCGGGGGGAACUGUUACGUAUACAGAAGAAAGCUUGUAAA